ACAGUUUAUCUGUACACAGGCACAAAGCAGCAGUAUGUGCGCCCAACAACAAGUAAAUGAGGUAGAGACGGAACCCACCGGAUGUGUGGAGCCGUGAAAAGACAGGGAAAACAACCCAACCCAGGGAAUUCAGUUUGCAGCAAAGCUGCACGCUGUCGUCACAGGAAAUGGACCGAUGCUAGAAGUGCACGGAAAAACUCCGAAAAAGAACUUUCCACAUGGGAAAGGUGGAGUUGCACUGUUUCCGCCGACGUCCUUUACUUGCUCAGAAAAGAGGACAGACGGUUGCAAGUUGUAGCGCGACCUUCUUUUUGUGUGGAAGGAAGUCCUCCUUCUCACAUGCAUUUAUAGAAUGUGCUGUUACCAGGAUAGCUAGCAUGUAGCUUUCCAAUGACUGAAUUCCUUGGGUCGUUUUGCGCCUCUGUGUAGACAAUUGAUGAGUGUGUGCGGAUUGCCGGUAUGUGUUGUGCGGAGGAUUUACUUCUGCUUAUUUUGAGUGCUGUGUGGUAUUUUUGCGCACGCAUCGUCUUAUUUUGAGUGCUGUGUGGUAUUUUUGCGCACGCAUCGUCUCAAGUUUCCACCCUAUUAAAUCUCCAAUACAUCCAGGCCUGCAGGCCCCUUUCUGCGCGGCAAGGUUUGCUGAACCGCCAGCGGCACACUUUUUUCUUUUUUGGCUGGCGCCGCCAGCCCGGGUGAGACGGUAGGCCUUGCCUCCAAACUUUUCGGAGUCUACGAGUUUCUUUUUCAGCAAGGCUGGGGCCGUGUCCUGGUGGUUUGAAAGUGGCUGCCAUCCGAUUCUGUUUUCCUCGUGCCUUGGGCCAUUUUGUUUUCUCUUUUUUUGGCUGAUAGAGGGUUUCCCAAGGGAUGGAGUCUGGGAGGCACCAGGCGGAUAUCUGAAAGAUCGAAGGCACAACUGCCAGAUGAUAUCCCUCCAACUACCUGCAGGCAGUGCGCCGAUGCCCUGUGUGGAACCGUGGAGGGAGGAAGAUGGGACUCCAAAUGGUCACAGUCACAAUAUUGCAGGCAUGCAUCUGUAGCCAGCAGCAGCCCGGUGGAUGCAUCCAGACGUAAGAGGUGCGACUGCGAAGGGAGACUGCCCGGCAACAAUCUCCAAGGAGCAGACCAGAUGGAUGUGCUCAGACACGGAAGAUGCGACUGCAAAGGAUUCCACUGCAGCAGUCUGUAGCAGCAGGCAGGUGCCCGGAGGUGGAGAGUGUGACUGUGAAUGAAUACCUUGCAACCCAAUGCUGUGAAGGCAGACGUCUGCAGAUGGGAGGUGCACACGCAAAUAAGUAAUCACCAAUUACCUAAGCGUUCCGGAUUUGCUGCAAGGGUGCGCAGGUCUGGUUGACAGAUCGUCCCGUCACUCUGAUUGCUUUGCUGCCCCUUACCGCUGGCCCUGCAUUUCUGUAGAUGUGUGCGCGUUUGAUAUAUGACUCUGCUGAAUGUAUUGCUGGCCGCGGUUAACACUGCGGAUUGGCAGUCUGAAGUCGGAGGUGUGGGGCGUUUUGUUGUGUUAUAUAGAGUACAAGAGCUCUGCUGGGAUAUCUUAUGGAACUUAAUGGAAGUGCUGUUUUGAACACAUUGGGAAAUCGCAAAUAAGUUUGUUGUACCAGAUCAAGUGAGUCCAGGAUCAAGGGUAGACAUUUUUUGAAAGAAGUACUGCCGGAUGGAGAGAAUAGCAAGUGAAGGGUGGUACCGUUGAGCAGGUAGAGGAUGGGAGGAGACCCAUGUGAGUUCGACAAGAAUUUGAGCAGUUGCAGAACGGGGGCCAUUCCUCCACAAUCAUUUGUCUGUUCUGUUCAGCAGAAACUCAAAGAGGUGGAGCAUGGUGUAGAUGGGGGCCUUCAGGAGGAAGGUGGUUGGUUGUUCGGAAACAGCCUUAUUACUCACUCGUGUCGUUCACUCGUGCGUCGAUGUCGCAAAGAAAAAGAGCGGAAAACUGAGCAUGAUGAUGAAAUAGCACAGCACCCCUAGCUCCCAAACGGGCAGUUUAAAAAAAAAAAAAAAAAAAAAAAGCACAGCCGCUGCUCACCGUUGGUAUCACUUCUUUACGUGCUGCUCAUCUUUUUAUUUUUCUUUCUUUCUUUCUGUUGGGACUGUGCUCCAAUCUAUUCGUGGGGAGCAUGCUUCUUCUUCUUCUUCUUCUUCUUCUUCUUCUUCUUCUUCUUCUUCUUCUUCUUCUUCUUCUUCUUCUUCGACCUACCGGGGCCUGUCUUGGACACACAAUGGCUGGAUGACUCACAACCUUGCCAGACUUGCAAGUAAGGCAUGAGAGAGAGAAAAGUGGAACGUUUUUCUCAACAAGGGUAUCGUUGUGGGUGUUUUUAUCAACAAGGGUAUCGCCGUGGGUGAGGUGGUGUGACUAAAUUCAUCAGUCAAAUGCAUCCUUGAGGGACUGUCAAGGGCAGUUGUGGAAGUCAAAUGCAUCUAUCGGUUUCUCAGAGUUAUGCUAAGAAAAAAAUAAAAUUGCUAACACUCG